AUCUCCCCCACCAACGCCCUCUCCCCCGCAAGUGUUUGGUCUGUUUGUUGUUUCCGGAGACGAUUUCGGAACUGAAGAACAAUGCAUUGUUGAAUCUUUGAUUCCUACACAACCAGAGAAAAAAAAAAAGGGGAAAGAAAAGAAAAGAAGAACAUUGAAAAAGCCAGUUAUUGGUUCCAUUCCAACUUUUGCUUUCCCAUCAAUCCAACGCUUUUCAAAAAUCUCAGACACCCAUUUCAGCAACCAAUUCCAAAUGGGAAAACAGGAACACCAUUAGCACCUGAAACAGUUUCUUCUUUCCCCUUUUGGGUUUUGAAUUUCCUGGGCAUUUUCCUGUGAUUUAUUCGGACUGUUGGAUUGGCUGGUUCGGUAAUGGUGGUUGGAUUGGUUUCAGGGAGAGGGACUGUAAUAGAAUAGAGAAGGCGAGAAAGAGCAAAGCAGGCAUAUAUGAGAAAGCGGUUGGGAAAGAGAAUGAACAAAGAACUGGGGGGCAUUUUGAAGGCCUGGGAAGCGACGAUACGGAAAUCACAAGCUGUUGCGAAGAAAAGGGCUCACAGCUUCUUCCCCGCGAUGUCCGUCGCCCAUGCAGAGGACGACGACGUCGGCGAGGGCUGCACCAUGAAGGUGCUCUCCACCGGCGACAUGUACAAUGGCAAGUGGGCAGACAAUCUUCCCCAUGGCCAAGGCAAGUAUUUGUGGACCGAUGGUUGUAUGUAUGUUGGGGAAUGGUCCAGAGGGAAGAUCAUGGGGAAAGGGAGAUUUAGCUGGCCUUCUGGGGCAACUUAUGAGGGUGAAUUCAAGAAUGGUUUUAUGGAAGGUUUUGGGACUUAUACUGGGGCUGGAGGGACUUAUAAGGGGACAUGGGUGAUGAAUGGGAAGGAUGGGAAGGGGACUAAGAAUUAUGCCAAUGGGGAUUACUAUGAUGGAGAGUGGAGGAAGGGAUUUCAGGAGGGGCAGGGGAGGUAUCAGUGGUCUAAUGGGAACCAUUAUGUUGGGGAAUGGAGGCAUGGAUUGAUGAAUGGGAGUGGGGUGAUGGUUUGGGCUAAUGGGAACAGAUACGAGGGGUUUUGGGAGGAUGGGUUGCCUAAGGGGGAGGGAAAGUUUCGAUGGGAGGAUGGGAGUUUCUAUGAGGGGCUGUGGAGUAAUGAUCCGAAACAGCAGAGUGGGACUUAUCAUCCGAAGGAGUCAGUGGGAGGUAAUUCGGAUUGGGAUCCUCAGGAAGUGUUUUUGGUUCAUUUGAGUGAUUGCAAGGUUUGUCCAGCAGAGGUAAUCCCGGUGUUCCCUUCACAAAAGAUGCAUAAUUGGCCUGGUAGCGAAGGGGAUUCCUUGCACAAGCCACCUGAAGCCAGGAGGCCGAGGAGAAUGUCCUUGGACUGGAGGCUGAGUAGUGGUAGUGGUGUGCCCAGUAGAGCCUCAAAUGCUGAUGCCAGUUGUGAUAGUGUUGAUGGAUAUCCGGUGGCAGGGAGAGAGGGAGAAGGUUUGGGGAAUGGUCACUAUGAUAAGGAUUCAUCCAGGGGAAGCAAAGGACACCAGGUUAGAAUACCCCCAGUGAGGAGGCAGGGGGUGACAAUAUGUAAAGGGCAUAAAAAUUACGAGCUCAUGCUCAAUCUGCAGCUUGGAAUAAGGCAUUCUGUUGGCAGAACAGGCCCGGCUACAUCACUUGAUUUGAAGAAUUCAGCUUUUGAUCCCAGGGAGAAAGUAUGGACUAAAUUUCCUACUGAAGGAUCAAAACACACUCCCCCUCACCAGUCUUGUGAAUUUAGAUGGAAGGAUUACUGCCCAUUGGUUUUCAGGACUUUAAGGAGAUUGUUCAAUGUGGAUACUGCUGAUUACAUGAUAUCCAUCUGUGGAAAUGAUGCACUUCGGGAGCUAUCAUCCCCUGGAAAAAGUGGAAGCUUCUUUUACUUGACCAAUGAUGACAAGUACAUGAUAAAGACUCUAAGAAAGGCGGAAUGUAAAGUGCUACUAAAGAUGCUUCCAUCAUAUUAUAAUCAUGUUCGGGCUUUUGAGGACACUCUUGUCACCAAAUUUUUUGGCCUUCACUGUGUGAAGUUAACAGGGUCUGCCCAAAAGAAAGUGCGAUUUGUUGUGAUGGGUAAUCUGUUCUGUUCUGAGUACCCCAUUCACAGACGUUUUGACCUGAAAGGUUCUUCCCACGGCCGCACAACGGACAAGUCUGAUGCAGAAAUUGAUGCAACAACGACCCUUAAGGACCUUGAUCUAAAUUUCAUUUUCCGAUUGCAGAAGGUUUGGUUCCAAGAGUUUUGCAGACAAGUGGACAAGGAUUGUGACUUUCUUGAACAGGAGGGAAUUAUGGACUACAGUCUUUUGGUUGGUCUUCACUUCCGAGAAACCACUCCACGCACCAGGGAAGCCCUUUCUGAGGGUCGUAACUCUGGAGCUCGCACUCCAAUUGGAAAUGAGGACUCUGAAGCUGAAGGAGCAGCACCUCGCCUUUCAAGAGCUGACAUGGAUCAGCUUCUUUCAGACCCUGAUAGGUGGUCAUCCAUCAGAUUAGGUAUUAACAUGCCGGCAAUAGAACAAACAGUGAGAAGUUUUGAGCUACAGUUGAUCGGGGAACCAACAGGGGAGUGCUAUAGUGUCAUCCUCUUCUUUGGAAUAAUAGAUAUAUUACAAGAUUAUGACAUUAGCAAGAAGCUUGAGCAUGCAUACAAGUCAUUCCAGUUUGAUCCAACUUCAAUAUCUGCCGUUGACCCAAAGCAAUACUCAAAACGUUUUCGGGAUUUCAUCUUCAAAGCCUUUGUAGAAGACAGUUGAAGUUGCAGACUGACCUCUUUC